CCGGGGGGAGGAGGCGGCCCUAGCGCCAUUUUGUAGGAACGAAGCGGUAGCUGGGCUGCUCUUGGAUCCCUCGCUGCUUCCGUUUCUUGUCGGGCUUCCUAGCAGCGGCCUAGUGGAAAAAGAAGAAAAGAUGUCUGAGUAUAUUCGGGUAACCGAGGAUGAGAAUGAUGAACCGAUUGAAAUACCAUCAGAGGAUGAUGGGACGGUGCUGCUGUCCACGGUUACAGCCCAGUUUCCAGGGGCAUGUGGGCUGCGCUACAGGAAUCCAGUGUCUCAGUGUAUGAGAGGUGUCCGGCUGGUAGAAGGAAUUCUGCAUGCUCCAGAUGCUGGUUGGGGAAAUCUAGUGUAUGUUGUCAACUAUCCCAAAGAUAACAAAAGAAAAAUGGAUGAGACAGAUGCUUCAUCAGCAGUGAAAGUGAAAAGAGCAGUCCAGAAAACAUCUGAUUUAAUAGUGUUGGGUCUUCCAUGGAAAACAACUGAACAGGAUCUCAAAGAGUAUUUUAGUACCUUUGGAGAAGUUCUUAUGGUGCAGGUCAAGAAAGACAUUAAAACCGGUCACUCAAAAGGGUUUGGUUUUGUUCGUUUCACUGAAUAUGAAACCCAGGUGAAAGUAAUGUCACAGAGACAUAUGAUAGAUGGACGAUGGUGUGACUGUAAACUUCCUAAUUCUAAGCAAAGCCCGGAUGAGCCUUUGAGAAGCAGAAAAGUGUUUGUUGGGCGCUGUACAGAAGAUAUGACUGCCGAUGAGCUGCGGCAGUUCUUUUGUCAAUAUGGAGAAGUGGUCGAUGUCUUCAUUCCCAAACCGUUCAGGGCUUUUGCCUUUGUUACAUUUGCAGAUGAUCAGGUUGCUCAAUCUCUUUGUGGAGAGGACUUGAUCAUUAAAGGAAUCAGCGUACAUAUAUCCAAUGCCGAACCCAAGCACAAUAGCAAUAGACAGUUAGAAAGAAGUGGAAGAUUUGGUGGUAAUCCAGGUGGCUUUGGGAAUCAGGGUGGAUUUGGUAACAGUAGGGGGGGUGGAGCUGGCUUGGGAAACAAUCAAGGCAGUAAUAUGGGAGGAGGGAUGAACUUUGGUGCUUUCAGCAUUAAUCCCGCAAUGAUGGCUGCAGCCCAGGCAGCACUGCAGAGCAGUUGGGGUAUGAUGGGCAUGUUAGCCAGUCAGCAGAACCAGUCAGGCCCAUCAGGUAAUAACCAAAGCCAAGGCAACAUGCAGAGAGAGCCAAAUCAGGCCUUUGGUUCUGGAAAUAACUCCUAUAGUGGUUCUAAUUCUGGUGCAGCAAUUGGUUGGGGAUCAGCAUCAAAUGCUGGGUCAGGCAGCGGUUUUAAUGGAGGCUUUGGCUCAAGCAUGGAUUCUAAGUCUUCUGGCUGGGGAAUGUAGACAGCGGGUUAUGGUCGGUUUGUGUAGAAUGGUGGGAAUUCAAAUUUUUCUAAACUCAAUGGUAAGUAUAUUGUAAAAUACAUAUGUACUAAGAAUUUUCAAAAUUGGUUCAGUGUGGAGUAUAUUCAGCAGUAUUUUUGACAUUUUUCUUUAGAAAAAGAGGAAGAGCUAAAGGAAUUUUAUAAGUUUUGUUACAUAAAGGGUUGGAAUAUUGAGUGGUUGAAAGUGAACUGCUGUUUGCCUGAUUGGUAAACCAACACACUACAAUUGAUAGCAAAAGGUUUCUCCUGUAAUAUUUUAUCCCUGGACUUGUCAAGUGAAUUCUUUGCAUGUUCAAAAUGGAAACCAUUGGUUAGAACUACAUUCUUUUCUCGUUUUAAUUUGAACCCCACCAUAUGGAUUUUUUUCCUUAGGAAAUUCUCCUUUUGGGAGAUGAUUGUGUCAGUGUUUGGUUCUUUUGUUUUUGUUUUAACACUUGUCUCCCCUCAUAUACAAAAGUACAAUUUGAAGCCUUCAUUUAAUCUCUGCAGUUCAUCUCAUUUCAAAUGUUUCUGGAAGAAGCACUUCAUUGAAAGUAGUGCUGUAAAUAUUCUGCCAUAGGAAUACUUCUGUCUACAUGCUUUCUCAUCCAAGAAUUCGUCAUCACGCUGCACAGGCUGCGUCUUUGACGGUGGGUGUCCCAUUUUUAUCCGCUACUCUUUAUUUCAUGGAGUCGUAUCAACGCUAUGAACGCAAGGCUGUGAUAUGGAACCAGAAGGCUGUUUGAACUUUUGAAACCUUGUGUGGGAUUGAUGGUGGUGCCGAGGCAUGAAAGGCUAGUAUGAGCGAGAAAAGGAGAGCGCGUGCAGAGACUUGGUGGUGCAUAAUGGAUAUUUUUUAACUUGGCGAGAUGUGUCUCUCAAUCCUGUGGCUUUGGUGAGAGAGUGUGCAGAGAGCAAUGAUAGCAAAUAAUGUACGAAUGUUUUUUGCAUUCAAAGGACAUCCACUUCUGUUGGAAAACUUUAAGUGAGUUUUGUUCUUAGAUAACCCACGUUAGUUGAAUGUGUUAAGUGAAAUGAUACUUGUAUUUCCCCUACCCUUCUGUCAACUGCUGUGAAUGCUGUAUGGUGUGUGUUCUCUUCUGUUCCUGACAUGUAAGUGUGGCAAUGUGAACUGAAGCUGAUGGGUUGAGACAUGGACUGAGCUGGUGGUGUGCUUUGCAGGAGUACGUGGAAGCAGAGUUCACCAGUGAGCUCAGGUGUCUCCAAGAAGGGUGGAAGUUCUAAUGUCUGUUAGCUACCCAUUAAGAAUGCUGUUUGCUGCAGUUCUGUGUCCUGUGCUGGAUGCUUUUUAUAAGAGUUGUCAAUGUUGGAAAUUCUUAAAUAAAACUGAUUUAAAUAA